AUGACGGACAAGUCGUUUGUACUAGACUGGAUGGCUUUACCUACGGAAAAUUUUGUUUACGAGGUGACGAAACAUCACUACGUGGACAGGCACGAGCGCACGUGCUGCCAGAACCACACGUGCGGAAUCGUAUUCGGACUGACUCCCCUCCGGCGGCCGCAUCAUUGUCACAGAUGCGGCGAGGUGUUUUGUCAGAACUGCCUAUGCUACUCCCGGAAGUUGGACGCAUCAGCACAACCGGAUGUUAACGGCACGUCCUGCAAGGUGUGCUACACGUGCUUCUCUGAAAGGCCCGACAAUCAGUGCAGUGUAACCAGAUCACAUACUGAAUUUUUCUCGAGCAUGCUCUGUAAGUCACGCAAGGAGCGUCGUAACACCGAGUGCGACAUUGUCCUCGAGCAUAAUCACGGAGAAAAGAGAUUCUGGCAAGACCAGUCCCUUGAACGAAAUGUAAACUACACGCAUAUUGAAACAUAUGAACACUUUCUCUACACAGAGUUGCUGGUAUAUUAUGAGGACAGUAGAUCAUUCGACAAAGCAAGGGUGGCCAUUAUUCGUGUGCUAGGGGCCCCGGAGAAAGAACCAAAGCAUUCCGUUUUCUUGCGGAUCUGUGCCCAGUGCAAGGGGGAGCUAACUAGGCGACAGUUGCGGAACCAGGAGAGGUUCACGUGGAAGAAAGAAUUGCAGCGAAAAGAGAGCGCGGCAUUCGAAUCGGUCUUGCACUUCGACGACCACUUCCGGGAUCUCACGGCCCGAAUCAAUGUGGCAUUCGAUGGCGUAACUAAUGAUGAUCAGGUUCGAGAGAAUUCAGAGGCGUUCUUGAGCCUUUACAAGGAGAUGCGCAAGUUAUUCGAGGCGCAGUAAGAUGAAUUAUCUUCAAAACGAAUAGAGUUUGUGGAGAACUAUUUGAAGGCCAGACUGGACUUUUAUAAUAAGACGAAGAUGAGACUCGGAGGCAUGAAUCUCAGAAACGAAUCAUCUGGCAUCGAAGUCGGCGUCCGUUGAAAUGGCAUUGGUUUGGUCACCAUGGUUCUAUGAAUACACAAUUCCAUGACUUUUAAUUUGAUUGUUAUGCUGGAUUCCGACGAUUGGCUCCUGUGUUGAUGUGUUUCCAUUUAAUUUGAUUAUAAAUACUAUAAGUCUGAAUAA